CGGUAACGUUUGGAACAUUGAGCAGACAUAGUGGCAAAUUAGAAGAAAAAAUGUUGUAUAAAAUAAAUUCGGUAUUCAUUUUUCUGUUUUUGUAUUUGGUACCUUUCACUACCGGUGAGACCUGUGUGAGGUACACUUUCGAACAAGGUUUCGAUGAGUUGUUCUCGGAUAAAUUUGGAUUUUGUGCAUCCUUAAAUCUGCCACCAUGGGAACUCGGACAGUACAGGACAUUGGGAAUACCAGCUCCGAACGCACAAAGCACAUCUUUUAUGGCACCUCAACCAGGAAACGAAAGCUGCACGUCAUCAUUCUUGUUUCCCAUGCAACGAGGAGCUACCAUUGAAGUCACACUUUACCUGGAUCCAGUGAAUAUUCUCGAUGAGUUUACAUUUAUAGUUGCACAAAUUGAUCCUAGAUCAGGAAUUGCGUGGUUAUCAGGAGCUUAUAGCUUUUCACCUUUUCCAUGGCCCUUUCCAAGUGGAUGGUACACGUCAUCAUUUCCAGUACCUGGUAUAAACACACCUGAAGGAUUUUUAAUGGUGUGGGCCGGUGGAUCACUUAACGCAACAUUGUUAAUAGAUUCAUUCCGUGUCAUCCCUCCUGGCAUGGACGAAAGCUUCUGCCGACUUUACGAAGGCAACAUGAGCCCUCUCCCUGCUCUGAAAUACAAAGUACCAGAAACUAUUCCGAAACUAAAAUCUUUUCUUAAAAUUAACGACAAAUCAUAGUUGACUCAUAACUUUCAUAGUUAAUUAAGCUUUUAAUGCAAAUAUAGUCUUCAAGUACACAACCCGUCAUUGUUGCCAGUGUACUGGUAAUGUGUAUUGUAGCCUUUGACAUUGUUUUGAAACUGUGUGACAUUGGUUUUUGUAUCAGCUUAAUAUAUUCUAUUGUAUUUUUCUAUAACUGUGUGAUAAUACGUGCAUUUAAUUUUUGUCAUAUCUUUGACAUUAUUCUGAAACUGUCGAUUGUAUUGAUUGGGUUCUUGACAUUAUAAACGGCCUUGCUUAGAAGCCUAAUUAAUGAAAUUUGAUUUCUGGUGUAUGUGGUGUAUUAUGUUUUCGUAAUGUGAAUUUGCUUGUCUAUUGUAUUGUAUUUGUAUUGUAUUAAAUUUCAGACACAAUGAAAAUGUUGUUAAAUGAAUAAAUAAAUGAAAUGAAAAAAAUCAAAUGUGUU